UUUUGGGUUUGGUUUUGUUCUAUAAAAAACCAGAAACUCAAUACUCUAAAACGCAAGAUCUGCAAAAAUCAACAAAGAAAAAUAUACGUAAAAUUUAUCAUACAUAAAUAAAUGGAGGGAGUAGAAAAACAUUUAGUCAGGGUUAUAAUUAUUGUGGCGAUAGUUGGCAGCAAUGGGGUGUUCCAAUUUUGCAAUGCACAAAGCAUAUGCAAUAUGUCAUUUUCUGGGCUGUUAUCAUGCAGGCCUGCCGUGAUUUCUCCGAACCCAUCCCCACCGACGAGCGACUGUUGCUCGGUGUUAGCACAGGGUGACAUGAAUUGCCUAUGCUCGUCAGGCGAUGCCAAUUUGCUUCCUGCUUUUGGUAUUGAUCCUAACCUUGCUUUGCAAUUGCCGGACAAGUGCAACCUCACGCAUCCUAACUGCUAGGGGUUGGCUUACAUAUUUUCAUCAUAUUUACACACAUGUAAUUCGUUAUGUAUUAGUUUGUUUUUCAAAUAAUAGGAGGUUACCUGUACAAUUAUGGUCAUACUUCAUUCAUGUGGCAA